AUGAAUACUCAUUUCAGCAAGUUACCAAACAGUCUGAUUGAAAUAUGUGUAGUGGUGGGUAUGGAUCAGGAUACUGGCCUUGUGGCAGCCAGGUCUGCUGAGGUAAUUUAACAUAAAACAAGUAAAAACAAGGGACCUUGAUUAGCACAUUUUUUUCAAAAAGGAAAAGAAAGGAAAGAAAAGCAGAGAAAUAAAUGAACAAACAAAAAAAAAAAGGAAGGAAUAAAGAAUGAGCAAAGUGAAAUAAGCUGCAGAAACAUCUGAAAGAAGAAAAAUAUUAUUUUGUAAACAAAUGUUGUUUCCCUGAAGCCCCAAUGCUAGAAGGAAGAAGAGAAACAUUUCCAAGAUAUUUGUACACAUGUUUAUUGAGUGAUGUUGAUCUGUUUUCAACAGAGCAAGAGAGCCCCAAAAAGCAGUAAACAACAGUCUCCUCUUUCUCAAACUUUGUUUGAAACCCAUGUACUGGCUGCUUUGUCUGGAGAAGUGGCUUCCUUUUGUUGCACAGCAUUGGAAUUUGAUAGUAAGCUACCAAUUAAUUGUCUUAAAAGACAAAAACUAUUUCAGUCUAUUGCAUGUGCUUUACAUAUAUAUUGGAGACUUCCAAACAGGAGGUGAUUUAUGAAGACAUUUCUUUAAGAUCUGCAAGACAACUAUUGUGGCCAUCUAUUUUAAUGAGGAAAAUGUUCACGAAAUGACUGUUGGCUCUAUUUGUUAACUGAAACAAGAGAAAGAAUGUGCAUUGAAAGACACCAACAGAGAUGUAUCUGAUGUGAGAUGAUGUGUUAGAGAUCUAUAGUAUGGAUUCUUGGCUUGACCUCAGGAGCAACUUGUAUCUAGGAUAGUUUAUUGUUCAUGCAGGAGUGGAACCAUUUCAGGCUAUACUAAUUUUAAGCUAAGUUGUUUCCUUUUUUUUUAAGCCUAUAUCACAGAACAUCGAUAUCCAUUUUUCAGUUGACAGAAAUUAACUUUUGACAAAGGCUCUGCGAUGGCUGUUAGUGGUCACUGCUAAAUGGUAUUCAGUGUGAAAAAUGCAUUAUUGCAAUAUCUCACAGAAAAACAUCCUCACUCUUGUUGAUCUUGAGGAGAAGCGAAUCAGUAUCUCCUGAGUUCAAACACUAACUAUGUUUUUCUCCAACAGGUGAGCCUUAUUAUUCAAAUUUGGGCAUUCUGUGUAGCCCAACUAAAGGUGGAAAUCCAGGAAGGCGUGCACGUAGGGGAUCAGUCAUGGUCAAGGCAGCUGAAUUGCCAUUGGCUCAAGAUGUUAUCAACAGCUUGCCACAAUUUUGUUUUCCUGGUAUGGUAUAGUGUAAAACCUCCCUCUUUUAUUAAAAAGUGUGCAGUUUCAUUCAGGAGUGGUCAGAAAUGAUUUUUAAUUCUCUCCUUCCAUGUCCCUUAUUUUUUCUUCCCAUCCAACUUUGGUAAAUUUAACUUUCUUGCAGAUGGGGGUUAUAUUUCUAUGAAAAAGAAACCUGUUGAGUGUCAUUCACUUGUUCUAACAGACAUAGAAGGUAUGUCUGUGAAGUUUGGUUACACUAGUGGUUUAUUUACAGUUUUUAGCCAUGAGGAUAAAACAGUUAAUUAUUACAACCAUGUAGUUUUUUUGUGGAGUGUAAUCUUAAUAUUAUCAAAGUGACUUUUAAUUAGAUCAAGGAUAAAAUCAGUGAUAUAAAUCAGUUUUGUCUCAAAUUGACUUUGCAUGCCUUUGUUAUGUGUACUUUUAAACCUGAAAAAUGUUUACUCUUAUACUCUCUCCAGGUAACCGAACAUAUUGUUCCUGCAUGACAUUCUACAGAGGGUUUCUCAUAGAGGAGGUAAGCAUUCACAUUGAAAUAUUUCAAGAUCAGACCAAUCUUAGGGAAAACAGCUUCAACCAAUAAGAAACAAAGAAGAAUUGGAAUGCAAAAAUUUAGUUUGAGCUUUGUCACAAAUAUCACAUCCAUCUAAAAGGAGUGCAAUUAAGUCAAAAUCAGCAUCAGCAAAGGAGAUAUAAAAAAUUUUUUUAAAUACAAAAUCUCUAACCUUUGUAACAGUUAAGGGUGAAAACAAAACAAAAGAAAACAAAACAACUGAAACAUGAACAGUACAUUAGAAAUGCCUAAAAUUUGUCUAAAUCCUAAGCUUAACCUUAAACUCCCACAAGUUAUUAACAAUGUAACUUCUCUCUACAAUAUUCAUGCAUCGUCCACCAAACAGGCCAAGAGAAUACUCAAACUUAUCAAGUAGAAGUUAAUAUCUUUAUCCAACACCAAAUUCUUCAAACUAACAUACAAGGAAAUGGUUGUCAGCUUGAGGGGGAGAGUUAACAAUCAGAUCGUCACAGUUUAAGGGUUACUGUGUAACACACACCUAAUAGGGGUGACUUAAUUAACAGAAGUAAAUUUUUAAAAGUAAUUCUUUUCAAUUUAAUCUCUUCAAUAAACAUAUUUAGGACAAAGAUGUACCAGGCAAUUACAAGUUGUUUUAUGCAGAGGAAAAAACUGAUGGACAAGGUAUUUCACUUUCAUCUUGGCAUCAAAAGUUAAAAAAAUGUCAAAUAUUCAGUUAACUGAUACUUAAAGGUUAAUGCAGUUGUAGAAAAUUGUCAGUGGCAGUAGGGAUUGCUGAUAAACCUUUAUUAUGAAAAAUUAUCAAACAAACGGGAUCUGGUAGACCAUAACAGCCACUUCACAACUAAAAAGCAUUCAGCAUAGGUUCUUGAAAUUACACAAGAAAAGCCAUAGAAAAAAAAUCCAGUCAAACUUGACUUGUUUGUUUUUGAUAAUAAUUUUUCCCUGGAAAUUCUCUAAUAAUACUGGACCUCAGAGACUCCUUUCAGUUUUGAAGCUCAUUUUCAAACAAUAAAUUAUAGUUAUUUGUUCAAGUUAGAGCCAUGAGCUUGGAGCCUUUUGACUUGUUUGUUAGCUGCUAAUUGAUUUUUCUGUAUUUCUUUGAGAUUGAAAAAUGUAAAACACAAAUACAUGUCGUUCUUGUGUUUGUUUAUUUUGCAGUUGUUCCAGGCUCUUCUUAUCAGUUGUUUUACGUACCAACAUGUUGCUGUUUGAUUUCUAAAUGGCCUUAUUUCAACAUAAUGAAAGACUGUUUGUCUAGGUGAGACGUGAAACCAUCCACAGCAUCAGCAUGUAACAAAAUUUCUGUUCUUCUAAAAUUAAACUAGUUUUAAUCAUAUAGACAGAUGGAUAGCAGAGAUAUGACUUUGCUAUGAUUACAUCUUUGGCAAAAAACAACAACAAUAACAAAAAAACAACAGAAAAUGGAUGUUAGCAUUGAUUAAGUGGCCCACAAGUAAACUGACCUACUUUUAACUUGCCUUCAUCAUCGGUCAACUUACCUUCUUCUUUACCCUUAAACCCCCAGAGGUGAUCAACAUGCAACUUCUCCCAAUAAUAUCCAUACAUUAUCUAGCACGCUGGUAAUGAGAAUACUCAAACUUAUCGGGUGGAAGUUGUCAUCUUGAUCUAACUCCAAAUUCUCGUAAAUAACUUAUAAGGAAAUGUGCAGUAGCCAGAGGAGAGAAUUAACAAUCAGAUCUUGGGAGUUAAAGUUUUAACUCAAUUUAAUUUUAUCUUCAAAUAUCAGCUGAUACACAUUAUACCCAAAAAUCAAAAUUUGCAAUGGCUAUAUGAGGGAUGGCUUCCAUUUUGUUUGGAAGUAUGCCUUGAGCUGAUAAUUCCCAAGGAAAAAAGCGAGCAUAUUUUCACGGCAUAUAUAGAUGCUUUUGUGGUCUUUAUCGGAUAAGUAUCUUUAUUGCUAGGGGGACGAAAACUUUACUUACAACUUAGCGUCUAAAACUUUAACUGCAGGGGGUGUGGACUUUUCAGCGUUCCCUCAGAUGACUGAACAUAAGGUUUCAGAAUUGAGAAAUAUCUUAUGGGAAAUUUUAAAUAAUAUGAAAUAUUUCCCAUUUCUAGCUGCGGCAUAUUUGGUGUUCUGACUUGCUUAGACCAAGGGCGUGCCAGCGAAAAUAUUUAAUUGAUUGUAACAUUUUUCCGGGAAAAAAGUUGCGUACCAACACGAUUUAUGCUUUCAUCUCUACCAAUUCUGUGACUCACAGUUUGUUACCACAAGUGAUGACAAGUGAUCCAGCACUUUUCAGAACAGCUUUAAUGCAGUUUGUGUCACAGCUUGCGAUGGUACCAGUCCCUCCACCAGGUUCUCUUGGAAUAGUAAGUAACCUACACAUUUGGGUUUUUAAAGUGAUUUAUCAAUUGACUUGCAGGUAAACUGACGAACUGUGUUACUCAUAAACUGAAAAAAGGUACGGACCGACUGGCUGAUUAACUGACUGAUUAACUGGCCGACUGAUCGGGUAACUGAGUGACUGACUAGUUGACUGAUUGACUGACUAAAUGACCGACUAAUUGACUGACGAAUGACCGACUGACUGACUUACAUGUACUGUCUGACUGAGUAGCUGACUGACUCACUCACUGAUUGACUGUCUGACUGACUGUCUGACUGACUGAUUGAUGGAUUGAUUGAUUGAUUGAUUAAUUCGAAUCAUCAUUUCCUUUUGCUUGCAGGAAUUUGAGCUCCUUGGAGUUAAACAUCUUUUGCGACCUGCUGAAACUCCAGGUGAAUAGAGAAUUAAUUCAAUCAGCUACUUCAGCAACGUCUAAUCAUCGUUUUGUUAACAACGACAACAUCAAAAAAUGCAAAUCCAAUCUGUGUUCAUGAUUUCUUUGAGUUCCUGUUUGGAUGUCCAAGCUUCCUUCGCUAAAUAUUCUUAAUCCUCUAUCAUGUCACAGAAACUCGAGUUGUCAACAUGGAACUUCAUUAUCCGUUCCUUUAUUUCUCGUUGGAUGACAUUCUUCUCCUAAUGAGCUGCAUUUUGACUCAACAACGGAUUAUUUUUCUCUCGUCGUCGUAUUCACUGCUUACUCCAGUGAUUGAGGUUUGUUUCAAGCUUUUGAAAAUUGAUAAUUAGUGGGAGGAUUUACCGUGCGAAUGCCGGAUUCAAGCUUAAGGUCGUGAAUGACUUAACCCCACUGAAUUUCUUAAAACCUAGACGAAUCAUGUGUUUUUUAUUUUCUUCAGAAAUUCCACCUUAGGACCUCGACUUUUCUUUCUUAGCCACACCAUUCCCAAAAUAAUUUUAACUCCAUCUCAUCUUGUCACAGAAAUAACUUUGGAAUCUUUCCUUAACUGAUACCGAGGAAACCGCCUCCCUUUACUUGCGCUUUUGAAAAAAAAAAGUAAAAACAACAGUUAUAUUCCCGUUAGAACAGAUAUUCUCGACACUACUUUCAAAUGUAAACUAUCCUUUUUUAUUUGCAGAGUUUAUUCACGUUUAUCCAACCUUUUUCAUGGAGUUGGACAUAUGUACCAAUCCUUCCAAGGUAGGUGAUUCAUCUUAUUGUAUCGAUGUUGAUUGCCCAGCCACUGCACCAACACUUUGUUUAUGAGACUGAUAAGAAUCUGGGUGUGCUUUGCAGAACAAUUUCUAUAAUAAAGGCCUGACUGAAAACUAAAGACUGUUUCCCAAUUCUUUCCUACUGUGUUGCAUGUAAAUAACUGCCCUUAAAUCGAACCCAUUUCACAUCUCUCUUGACUCAAUUCCAUGUACAGCGUCAAAUAACUGAAUUUUUCGAGGUGGCAUCUGCGAGAUGUUUUAAAUUUAUUGUCUAGGAAUAUUUAUUGUGUCGAACUAUUAUCUCUCAAAAUCGAGCACAGCACCCUGUUACUGACAUACAAAACUGUGGACAUGUCGCACAUAUGCAAAUCUUACUGAAGGCGCAUGUUAUGACUAACGAGGUCUUAUCGAUAGAAUGGGCAUACAAUUUUAUGAAUAUUGGCUGAAGAAAUAUUUUAUGUUACUCUUGCUUUUUUAUUUGACUUUUGAUUCUUUUAUUAUUAUUGUGUCUAGCAUUAUAUACAAAGGUGCCAAAAAGCAUCAUCACUAACAUUAUUAUCGGUUUAUCAAAUAUAUAGAAAUACUUGGAGAAUAGAAAUGACUCGUGUAUUUGAUACUUCUGCAGUGCACUCAUAGAUUUAGUAGAAGCGCCUGGUGCAUUUAUUAUGGGAUGUCAUAAAGAACAUAAGAGCAAGAUACAACAAGUUGUCGAGGGGAUGGAUGAGGUAUAAAUAACUGUUAUACCCUCUAGUAGCUAUAGUUGUAAACAGUGGCCACAGACAAUCUACAUGCAAUUUAUCCCGCCCUAUCUUAACUCGUCUUUUUUUUUCUUUACCAGAUUUCUACCUUGUCCAACAUCCCCAUAAACCCACCUUCCAGAUUGUGAUGUUUUUUCUUUACCCAAUCAAUUUGCACUGCGAAGCACUUCAUGAUAUGCCAUAAAUCGACUCUGACGAAGGCUAACUCUCGAAACGUCAGCUUUUAAACUCCUUACGGUGACCAAAUUACGUCAUCAAUUCAGUUAAUAAUACUUUAUUACCCUGUUAUACUCUCCCACUGAAGCAGCACCACAGUUUCUUUAGAACCUUAACCCCCUUCAUGAUAUGCACAGUAACAAUUUUCGAUUAUUUGUUUAUGAAGGGAAUUUAUUUUGCGUUUUUUUUUCUCAGUUGUCCAGCUUUGUAAUUGCUGAUAUCGACGAGGGUUCAGUGACCAGCCCUCCCAGAAUUCAGCGAUUGCCAACCUAUGCUGCAGAAUUGUACAAAUUUAGGUAUCGAUCUGUUCUUAGUUAUAUUGAAGACAUUCACCGUAUAAAUUUCGCCUUUUAAACUGACAUUUUUGGGAGUCGUUUCAAAGGAAUCAAACAGUAGAAAACUACGCAUCUUUCUUUUGCUUUAACGAGGGUAAACCAAACCGUUUAAGGAUUUUGAUUCCGCUCUAAGUUCUGCUUUUUCUGUGUUAGACAGCGCUUUAAGUAGAGUGAACCUUCCUUUCGCAAAUUUCAAGAUGAGAUAUUUUUAAUGAAUAACUGAUUACGCUUUUGUUUAGGAUGAAAAACGCAGUUAUCCACUUUGACCGUCUUCUUGUUCAAAGGUACUGUACCACGAAUUUAGUCUCUUUAUAGUUUUUUAUUGUUAAUGUUUACAAGAAUACUUUGUUUAAUGACUGACAACCGUUACCUCUCAGUUUGAAUUUGGAUACAUUUUCUUAGAGAAAGUUCUCUUAAAAAUACAUUUUACGCAUUUGCAGACAAACAUUCUACUCUUUGCAAGAAUGGAACAACUGCAGAGAUAAGUUCGUAAGAGAUUUCCAACGGCUUGUUUUAGCAUGUGAGUUACACUAUGGCCUUUGAUGCAGUGACUUUGAAGCAUUUCUGCGACAGAAUCACACAUUUUUUAAAAGCUUGGUAGAAAGGCCAAAAUUUAUUGAGUGCCAUGAGUACAUGAUAAUUUUAGUACUAUGGAAUUUAGUAGACUUGUCAUAUGCAGUGAAACUUAUCUUUCGCAGACACCCUCAUGAAUAUCAGUAAUGUCCACGUCGCAUAUUAAAUCUAAAAUUAGAUUUUAUACUUUGUAUUUUGAAUAACCAAAUAUUGUUUUUCUUCUCUAGCCAAUUUGGAGAUGAUGUUGAGAAUGUUCAGGUGCGUUUUUUCUAGAACUUGUUUCUUUAAAAAUCUUUAAAAGGACAAUAAGAAGCUAAAAUAUAUAUUUUAGAGAAAAAGUAUAGCCUCACAAAUAAUCAUAUCCUUCGAGAAAAAGAAAUAAAUUAUUUUCUAGCAGAUAAUGGACUAACUCUCAAUUAAAAUCUCGGAGGCAUACACUGAGGAAUUCAGUUGUUCUAUUUCGAGUUUUCGAAUGCAUCGGUAAGUAAUGUAGAUCGGAUGCUUUCAGUUGGACUGCAGACAGUAACCAUCCUAAAUACUGUUGUAUUUCAAUGUAUUUCUUUUUGUAUUUUUUUUUUAAUUUUUUUUCUUAUUUGCAGUGACAUUAAGAAUUUUAUCGUACAGCAAGAAGAUGUAAGAUAAUAUUGUUGUUAAUUAUGUUUAUUAUUGCACGUUGUCCGGCGCAAACAGUAGAAAGAUGUCUGAGCUUAAGUAAUGCCGUGAAGUAUUUGUUUGGAUGUAUUACUUGCAAUUUGUAGUUGGCAAAUGGCUGAGCGUCUUAUUUGAGCUUUUGGAAAAUUCAGGGCACGCUGCUUUGUGAAACUAUUACACACGCAAAAAAACUGCCCAACAAUGUGAAAGUGUAAAACGAUUGCGGUAUUAGUAAAUAGUGAAUAUUCGAUACACUUUUUUAAAAGACAUUUUACUCGUCUCUCCAAAGCUUUUCUUUGAUAUGGAUACUUACAUUGAGUCAAAGCCUGCAGAAAACCAAGAUUUCUUUCGGGAGGUGAGAGAGACAUUCUUAAACUUAAAUGGCCGUGAUCUUGGCUGUGAAAUAUGUAAGUGAAAUGUUUCUUAAUUUUUCCAACCGAGUGCAUCAUUAAACAACACCUCGAAUGACAAACACUUAGAUGGCAAUUGUUCUACAUCAUAGAGAGCGUGAAAGAUUAUUCGUGUUUAGAAUCAGGAAAUGAAAAGAUUUUACAUUUUCAUGAACACCCUGAUAAUCGUAACAAAAUCAAGUGAUGGUAAUUGUUAUGUUUGGAUUGUCCUGUUUUUCGGUUCCAAAAGGGUUAAUGAUAAGUCAAAAAAUAUGUGGAAAAUGGAUUCUUAUGGAGGUGGGAACGAAACCAAUCAACUGAAGUGUUUCUCGGCUAGGUUCUACAAUAAAGAUUUGUAAGAUCCGUAUCUAAUACACAGUUGCUUACGAUGAUUUUUUUCUAGGUGUGCAAGAGUCAAGCAUUUAGCAUGUUUCUUUACGACCUGAUUCACAACUCAGAAAAGGCAGACUACUUUACACUCAUGGCUCAGAAAACCAGGGUUGUUCCAAAGUAAGUAGUCAUGCAAUGUUUAUCAAUAUCAAGACCAAACUUAAAAAUACUGCUCUGACAAGCCUAAAUCUGGGGUUAGAUAGGAUCCGGUUCGGCAGGGAUCUUGGAUGGACGAUUUGGGCUCCUCAAAAAUAUUAACCGAAAUGUUGAGCACAUGCUUGUGACUAUCCCAUUCAUAGACAUUAUUUAUCCUUACAAUAUCAUCACCAUGAUUAUGAAAGCGAUCCUCGCAGUAACGAACACUACUUGAGCAGUAGUGAAAAUAAGGCCUGGAAAAAAUUCAAGCCUCUGCAGGAUUUGAACGCAUGACCUCUGUGAUACCGGUGCAGCGCUCUACCAACUGAGCCAACAAGCCAACUGGGAGCUGGCUAUUAUGUUGGUUCCAAAUAUAUGACUUUCAUAUAUUCAAAGUCGUUUAAUAUCAUCAUCAUAUUAAUCAGACGAGUGAGGAGAACAAAGACAACACUAUCAGUAAGGGAACAAUUAGUUGAUCAAAUACCAAAUUCUCCAAACUAUAUCACAAGAAUUGUAUGGCAGAUAGUAAGGAGAAUUUAUAAUAAGAUCUUGGGAGCGAAAGGGCUCAAACUACUCUUCUUGUGUGAUGAAAUAGUUUUACCUUUCUUAGGACAGGUCCUCUGAGGAAAAGAAGUUCAUCUGCAUUGACUGUCCCUGUUAUACCUGAAGAGUGUUUUGCCGAUGCACAUGAGGAACUAAGCAUAUUUGCUCUUCCUCCUUUCGUCCGCGGAGGCAUCCACACAGGUAAGAGAUGCUCACACGCUCUUAUAUGGAAAAAAGUAUUUUACAAUUUUUCAUGAACGUACAUUAGUUGUGGUAACUUUUUUAUUAUUAUUUAAAAUCUAAACCGUUCAGACGGUUUUUUGUUAAUUCACUUUCAUACUAGUGACUAUGGCGAAAUAUUUCUUUGUUUCACUUGCAGUCUUACAGACAUUAGUAUGAUAUAUCUUACUUCUUGGAAAUGUUUUCAUAUGUUGUCCUUACGUGGUGAAAUGUUUUCUUUUCCCGUAGGACUUUUCUACGAAGAUUACUUGAGGACGUUGAAUUACAAGAUCACUGUAAAUACACUUUUUCUCGCACUAUUCGAAUCAUGUGGAGACUUCAGCAUAUGACUACCUUCGGUUCCAUAAUUCUUCCGUAAAGAACUACGCUAUCGAUGAAGAAAAAUACUUUUUCUCCUCCUCAGUUCUAACAGAAUUGUUUUGUCUUCCUUUACACAGGAUCCUACGAAUAAGUCUUCAGGUCUUCUAGCUAACCACUUGUACUUGCGUGGGAUGUUACGAAUUGCUCGUGGAGAAAAAACCAAGGUAGGAAUGUAACUUCUUAUUUUUUCCCUUGAAAAUUCAUGUUCAUUUGGUUUUCGAGCGCUAAAUCUCCGACACAAUUCACCAGAUGCGAAAUUCCCAGCUGGUAAUUAACAUGUGGUGCGGACUUCCAUCGCGGCCUUGUUUUAUAUUCUUACUUGCAUUCAUUGAAAGAUGCAAAUUGAAACAAGGUUUCGUGAAGCGAGUUAGUAACUAUACCUUCAAAAAUAGUCUGUAUAAAAGAUGCAAGCUCGAAAUACAUAACGAUGGUGUGCAUGUGCAAAUGGAGGAGACAUUUUAAACUGAACGUGAAGUUACGCCAAAGUCAGAAUAAAGAUUCACACGAGCGCGCUGUUUUCGGCAGUUUCAUAACCAAGUAUGUCCAAAGAAUAUGGCGUUCAAGUAGAGGUGGUGAAGAUAGAAACAUGUUGGAACUUUAUUUCAUUUUACGCCCUGUCCUUUGUGGAAGAAUUGUUGACAGACUUGUUGUUAUUAGUCUGUAUUACUCCACAGGCCGUGGACGACUUCUUUGGAGUUUCAUCGACAAGUGCGCAGCUCUUCCCAACCUCGUAAGUAGCAAUACGCGGAGCUUUUAAAUUGAAAUUCAAUCAGAAACUGCUGAAAAAAAUUGCAGACGUGCUUUUCAAGGAUGAAACUUACUUCCAGACUGGGCUAGUGAAGGAUUCAUUGCAGUUUAAUAGAUGAAUGAAAGAGACACGCUUAUUCCCACAAUAUUUUUGCUUUGGCCUGCUGUCGUAAAACAAAAUCCUCUCUCAGGGAGCAGAAAAGGAGGUGCGUUAAAUCAUAUUUCAGAUUUUUGAAAGUCAAUUUAAAUUUGAUUUGGACAGGAUUAGUUGAUAUUUUUACACAGCGUGAAUUACAAAUUAUAAAAAGAAAAAGAUAGGAAUAAAUACUUAAAAUUUGAUCAUGGACCAAAGUAACUUACAAAGGCAAAGUUGGCUUUUUUUUUUAUCUUUGGUUGUAGGACCGUGAAGGAGAUCAUGUGUAAACUGAGCGAUUUAGAAGUAGAGGAGUUAAGAACAAGACAUUUCUGGAGGAAAGCAGAGCGUCUCAGGGUUCACGCCAAGGUUUAAUGUGAUAAACUGUUUUACUUGGUCAUCUGAAAGUCGGUUUGUAUAGGUAAUCACAUGAGGCCAAGUACUAUUAAGGAUUAAUUGCACGAGAGUUUUCAAAAUUUUCCAAAAUUGCCCGAGUCGCGAAGCGACGAGGGCAAUUUGGAAAAUUUUGAAAACUCAAGUGCAAUUAAUCCUUAAUAGUACGAGGUCUCAUGGGAUUACUUGUUUAUCAAUAAAGGGCAAAAUUUAUACGAAGGAAAAUCACGCGCGCAGUCUAUUUUUAUCUGGGAAGCCUGUUUAGCGCUACGGCAAAUCAUCAAUCAAAUUGAACUGACCAAUCGAUUCAAUGAAAUUUUAUUCUCCAAAACUGUGUCGUGAUACACUGCCAAAAGUCUAGAAAACAAAGCUCAUUUCAACAGAGCGUUUCUGCCAACAGAAAAACAACAAAGUGCUUUUAACUGAACAAGGUAAUCAUGCCCUCUCUUGAUUACUAAAAAUGCCCUCGAUUAAGAAAAAAUGCCCUCUCUCUCAACCAAUCAGCGCUCAGUAAUUUUGCCCUUUAUUGAUAAAAAUAUUAAGGGAUUCUCUAUACUGAUUACUCCUCGGAAAAAAGAGGUUAAUGCAGUUUAAUCCUAAUAGCGGAGUUCCACAAACAAACAGACGAGAAAACAACAAGAAAAACUGAGCAGAGUAAACACUACUUGUUUGCUUUGUAGAAGUGAAACUAAUGUUACGUGGAAGUACAUUUAGAAGAGCACCUUGCUAAUCCGGCACGGAGAGCGAAGUUCGCGACUCCCUCGACAUGUACACCUUAUUUUUAGUUAUUACGAGUAUGACGAAAGCCGGGCCGCCUUAUAUCUACUUCUUUUAAAAUUUUUGUAUUGUUUUCUUUUAGGAAAAGUGGAAUUACAGAAGGGCAAGGUAAAUGAUACAGUUAAUGUUUUUGAAACUUACAGCCUUAGCAAUUUAACAAAACGCAUAUAUUUCACAGCAGUAACAAUGAUCCGAAAACGAACAACGUGUACGCCUUGGCACGAACACGUUACGCCUAUGCAUGCGCAAUGUAUAUGCACAGGCACAUGUACAGGGCAUAUGUAUAUGCAUUUGCCGCGAACUCGCAAACUCACACGCAUACACUUAUGCCAACGCAUGCGCAUAUACACGCGCAUACAACCAUACAUAAACAUAUGCACACAUAUACGUUAAUACAUACGCACAGGCAUACGCUUAAACACUCAUUUGCACAUGUAUACGCAUAUGUAACCGCAUACACAAAUGCACAACAGAUAAUACAAAGUAAAAAUACAAAUUUAAAAAAAUCAAUUAGAUAACAAAAGAAAUAUAAUUUACCAGAAGUUUCACGCACGUACAAACUUUGUAUUACAUGAGCAUGAUAUAAGGAAAACGUAACCGACGUUGACUUUGUAAACGCAAAACGCGAUUGAUGAUACACUGUCUGAUGUUUCUUAUUAGAAAAGAGGUGGUUACUUCAGCAAUUCCUUCAAAUCCUUUAGGUAUGUCUCAUUUGUGUCUGCAUGGGGAAAAAAUUUCUUUCAAAAUAAUCCUUACGUUAACACUGCCAAUAAAAAGUUGGAAGAAGACAUUCGGACACUCUCUAUGUGACACUUCCUUUCUUUAUUUUCCAUUGCCUUUUUUUUAAAUAUCAAUAAUUUUUUCUAUAGAUAAUUUUUUAACUUGUGGAUUCGCGAAGCGUAGAAACAUUUCUUACCCCGAUAAGCUGUGAGGACUCUGAUCUGAACAGAGACUUGAAGAAACAUUACUUUGGCACUCAAACUAUUUUUUGCAUUAUUGUUUUCUUGUUUUCAUCAGCUUUUAAAGAAUUCGUGAAACAUGUAAGCAUGUUACAGAUAGCGAACGGUGAAGAUGCUGGAAGAAGACUAUUCCAAGCAUUGGCGAAUAAUUCAACAACAAACGGUAAAGAGGGUUGUUUGAAUUCCUAUCGAAACCAGACCGAAAAAAAGAAUCAUUUUUUUAGUUAUGAAAUUUUUUCGAUUUUAAACGUUAGACGAAGAUGUGAAAAUGUGUUCUGUUCUUUCAUUGCAGUGAUCGAUCCAGACACGUUUGCCGCAUUUUAUGAUGCUUUAUCCCAGGUAUCUAAAUACUGCAGAUGUGAUGAACAUCCGUAUCGCUUCGCCGUUAUUAUUUUUUUUUCUUUGUCCUUUGUUGCCAUCACCUGACUGUUUUCUCCAACUGGUGGUCUUCCGACAUUAUUUUAGUCCUUCUGACUAAAACGUUUAUUUUUUUGGUACUCCUUUCAUUCGUUCGUUAAUCUCAUUUUCGCAUUUUUUAUUAACAGGCUAGCACGAUGGCCAAGAGUGUUUCAUUACGUAAUAUUGUUUUGGAACGCAACGAGGUGAUGUUCCUACUGAAUUCACGUUUGUUUUGCUUUUGAUUUUAUUUAAUAUUCGACAGAUUUUUCGCUUUAUUUGUCCAUUGCGUCAACAUCGUUGACGUCUGCGAAGUAGAUUGCAUAGCUACCCGGAACUCAUCUCAGUUUCUUUACCAUGAAGCAGCUAGAAGCAUUGUCUUUCCCAAUCCUCCAUGGGAUGUUAGUGUAUUGGAGGUUAACCCCCCUCCCAAGUAUCUAGUCAAGCUUCCCUGGUAGUUUGUUAGCACCCCUUUAUACUCCUGGGUUGAGGAGGCUCUGUGAGAAUUAAAUAAACAACCCGAGGACGAGCACGAGGCCAAUUCUCGAAGCCAGACCUCUCUCCGACACUAUUUGGCAUCAGCGCUUCUUUGUUUUCUCCCAAGUACCUGGUUACAUGUUAAUAGUUACAUGUUAAUUUUUCUCUGCAGUUUGUACUGAAGAUUUCAAAGCAUAUCAAGACAAAUAAGGGCAUGGGCUGGCUUGUUCUCACAGUCGACAGGUCAGUGUUCUCUUGUGUAAAAUCGUGAAAUUCUAUUGCACAUUUAAAAAAGUAAGUAUUGUGUUCUCGUGGUUAAGAAGUGUGAUCUGGAGGAGACUCAUGUGCUUAGUACUUUAGCCUCAAGUUCUUUUUCGCUUCAGAUUGUUGUUCCUGCCGGAUGGAACUCAGCAAUGUAUAUCUGUUGUAAGAAAUGACGAAAUAAAGAAUGUGGAGCCGCACUCCGGGGGGGUGUUGUUAGGUGGAGAUACAGCUAUCCGAAUAACCAGCACUGGUAAGUCAGAUAUAGAGAGAUCUUUUAAGUUGUGUGAAAAGUCUGAUAAGGUCUGUGAGAUAUAAACGGUAGGAAGCAGCGGAUUAAAAAUGUAGUGAUUGAAGCCGGUUGACGUGUGAUUCGCUAAUACUUUUAAUUCUUGUGGGUUUUUUUUUUUCAAAUCAAUUUUUUAGUCAACCUUGGAUUUGAUUUCUUUUACAUUUAUCAGUCUUGAAAUAUAUACUGAUGCUUUUAAUAUGAUUAAUUAUAUUGAAGAAAGUGAGCUUGAGAAUGACCUAGAUGUCCCGUGUAUUGCUCGAGAAUCAGCCUGUAGUGUAAGUGCCAAUGGAACGCGAAUGUUUAACCCUAGCUCGCACGAGCGAGAAUUCUUGGGCGUUUUUUCCUUCUCUCGCACGCGUGUUCCUUGAUUUCCUACCGAUCGCCUGCUUCCUAGGCUGAAAAGAAUCGUUGCGCUAUUUCGAAUCUUUUUAGGUGACGCGAUAAACUUGCUUCAAUUUAAAGAGACCACAAACUACAAAAUACGAAAAGGAUGUAGAGGCAAUGAUGACUCAAUUAGGAACAAAGAUUGCUAUGGAUAAAGAGUACUGAGAAGAACAUCAAUCAGGAAACGCGUGAAGGGUGGGAUAUAUUUGUCGCGAUGCACACACUAAAGUGCAUUAAAUCUCACUUUUAAAAAAGCUAACAUCUUUAUAACGAGCAGCACAUUGACAAGCUCCUACCUUUUGUCCUCUAUUCCCUUACAGAAAGUGAUCCAGUGUCUUUCAUAGCAUUUGUAAAGGAAGAGAAGGAUUUCUGGCGAAGCUGUUUGCUGGAAAUGAAAGCAGGAUACAACAUUUCUGAUGGUAAGCACACUGAAUUAACUUGCGUUCUGUCUUCAGCCAUGUUGGUUAACACUAUCUGAUACAUUAACGCACGAAGUACGUUUUAAUUAUUAAGUUGUUUCUACUUAUUUUAGGGGGCAACAGUUUUAUUUGCGCGAGAAAUGGCUCCGUAGCUUAUGAAAACAACAAAACUCGUGAAAGGAAAAAAUGCUGAUCUAUUUUAUUUUGAUAUUGGGCGUAGAAGGAAAAAAUGUUGAAUACUCUCAUGAUGAAUAUCGCAGAGAGCUCAUACAAAUUCAAAGAAAACCCAGCGAAAUGGCUUAAAGUGCGGAAAAACGCGAGUGGCUAAGUUGCAGUUGAUUUUAUGUCUGAUUGGUUGAAAGUUUUCACAGGGCGCAGUAAAGCAAAAGCACUAUUAUCCUAGCCUGCAGAGCAGGGUAAUUUUGGCGGGUGAGUCCUCAGUAUUUUCUUAACGGAAAUUAUAGCCGCCAUCUUUGAUUUUAAUGGCAGCGUAGGGCUGGGGAGAGAAUGAAAUAUAUAUCAAGGGGGCGGUUGUCGGCCAAAAAUAAGGAGAGGGGUGGGGAUGUAAAGAUGACUAUCCUUGAUUAUAAACUUCAUUAUGGAGAUCUCUGUUGCUCAGUGGUAUAGCAUCAGAUCGCCAAAUCUGCGGGUUAGGGGGGGGUUGAUCCUUUGCGGGAGACUCAGACUAUUUCUUUUGUCUUUUUCCCAUGUUCGAGACAAAGAAAAUAAAAUCUUCAGUCGAUCGAAAAUUUCUCAAAGCGGUCAUGUUUUUCUUUGUUUGAAGUUUACAAGGACAAGGAAAUCGUAAAGCAAGCGGCUCAAAACGUCAUCAUGGCGGAUUCUCUCAGACAAAGGUAACCACGAAAAUUUCAAUCUAUGUCGUCGUAAAUUUUGGCCAAAUCUCAGUUGCAUCAAGGGCGGAUAACGCUAUUCAACGGAUAAAUCGCUAUCCGGCAGAUAAGUGAUUGCAAAACGGAUAGAGUUUUAUACAGUGGAUAACGUUCUACAACUUUCGAGCAACCGGUGUCAGCUCUCUGAGCUCUUUCCGAAAAGUGAAGUCCCCAUUGCACCUUUUUGGGUUUAUCACUUUAGAUGAGCGUUCUUUGAAGCUUGUAGUCAUGUUUGAAUUUCUUCUCUUUCAUUUUUUCUUUAACAGUGACUACCAGGACCAAGUUGCAAUGGUAAGAUAAUUGAAACCCUGCAUAACAUUUUCAUUUACGUUCUUAUGUACUUGGACAAUUUAAAAUUUAAUAUAAAAUAGCUGUUUCUUUGUUUAUUUGAUGUAUAUCGCAUGAAGUCAUUUUUUGUCAGUCAUUGUUUACUGUAAACUAACUCGUUUAUUAAAUGGGCUUUGGUUCGUCUAAAACCCACCUUUCAUCGUACUAGUAAAUGCACAGCUAACAUACCGUGUGGAUUAAUUCGCCGGGAAACCGACAGAAAUUGUGAUCUAGUAUUAAAAAGCUUUCGUGAGUUGUGAACGUCUCAACUUUUCAUAUCACAGUUGUCUGUUUACAAACUUAAGCAAAGGUGUCGAAUCCCUGAGCAGCGUAGUGGAGGUACCACUCGCCACUGUUAGCUCCUUUCUCCGCUCAAUUUCUUGUUUAGUUGGCCAAAUUGCUGUAACUUAUUUACCAUCGCUAUUUUGUUACGAUUUGAGUCUCUCAAACCACUCUGAGUGUCUUCUCUGAAUUGCUGACCGUCUUUAUCGACGUAAAUGUCUCAUGCAUCACAGUUGCCUACUUCCGCUGCACAAACGAGUUACUUGUUUCUCUGGAGGCUCGAUGAAAAGUUUCAUUUAAGCAUGCUUUAAAAGGAAACAUUCCCCUUAAUACCUUCCGUAACAGCAAAACGAGAAGGGAAAUGAAGUCACUUGCCCUCAAACGUAUUCAUCUUCUAUCUUUUUUUUGGGCAUUGUUGUUCUUGUUUCUUAGGAAAGGAAUUUGAAUAUCUCUAAGUAAUCUCUUUUAAAAGUUUUAAUUGAAGUGAAAGUCUGAACAUACUACUGUUCUUCUUAAUAUCUUUGCUUUCUUUGUAGCAAGUUCUCUACUUUAGCACGCAGGGCGAUAACAUAGAUAAAUUGACCGAGGCAACUGAAAAGGUAAGACGAUUUCAAAACGGUGAAAUGCAACCAACCUCAAUGCACUCGAGAGAACCUCUUUGACCAUCUCUUUGUCUUCGGGAUAAUGAGGAUAAACUUGAGAAUCCCUCACCAUUGUUCAAACGAUAUGCGAGGAUUGAGGAUGCAGUGGCGUAACGGAGUUAGUUUUUGAAUCCUCUGGCGCAGUUAAAACUGGGAAACCGCUUCAAUUCUCAAUUCUUGAACCCGAUCUGCCGUGUCAUGUGUGGGUCGAGUUUGUUAUUGGUCUUCGUCCUUGAUCCCGGGUUUCCUCCAGGUUCUCAGGUUGUCCACCCUCCACUCUAAAUUCCAAUCUGACUUGAAAACAGCGGACGAGGAACCAGCCGCUGCCACUUUUUCGAUGCGUUUCAUAUUUACUUUUCUUAAAACUUUUUACUUAUUUAAGGCGCUGUACAAGAGAGUGAGCCCCUCACCUCAGGACAUUGAGAAAUCAACAGUGGAGGCUUUGCUUUAUGUGCGAGGCUGUAAGUUAUAAAUGUUUUUCCUUUAAAGAUGCAUGGUGUACACAUUGUGUGAAGCCCUUGCCCUCUACGCCAAACACUUCCACACUUUUCUCAAAGAAUGAAACAAAACGAAUUUCGUGUGUUACUUUGCCAAAUGGAACUCCGUACAAACGUUGUAUUCCCUAUUGUCUUCUUUCUUUAGCGAAAGGUAGAGAACCAAAGGUCUGGUGUGCCAUGGUGAGUGACAGUAUUUUUUGGACGUAAACGUUGCAAUAAAUUAUAUUUUCAGCACACAACUUCUGAUCCUUCAGGCUAGAGGCGCCCCCUUAAGAUCUCAUUUGUAAUCCUCCCUACUGUCUUCCAUACAAUUCUUGUGAUGUUAGUUCGGAGAAUUUGAUAUCGGAUCAAUUAAUAAUCUCCUUAGAGAUAUUUUUAUUUAUUUUCAUCGUUUGUCUACCUGACAUGGUAUUGAUAUUGUGGGGAGAAAUUGUGUCUCGAUGACUCAUGCGAUUUUUCCCUGUUUGAGCCGUCAAAUUUUAAUCUUCAUCAUAAUCCACAUGUAUGUUGAUUGAUCUUGUUUUUCAGGGCUCUGGUGUUGUUGUCGUGAUAGAUACAAAAGAGUGGGAGCAUGAGACGCACAUGAAACAUGCGAAGGAUAGGGUGGUAAGUGAACAACGAAUUAUGGGUACAUACGAGUGAAAGGGCGGAAGGUAACCCGGAUCGUGGGUUCGGCCCGGUUUGAAAAAUUGCUAGCCAGGUAACGUGGUCUGACCUUGGGCAACGCAAUGAAAUGUCUCGACUGGGGUCAAAUCCUUGAACACAAAGUUGUUCAUAAAAAUUUAUUGUCGUGCAAAAGCCCUUUUUAAAGGAUAGGGCGAGGGGAGGUGGUGUACUGGCCCUUGAUUGUUUAAGCCAAAGAUAGCGCGGAAGCCCCAUAGAGGACUCACUGAGUCACUUUCGAUUUCCCUUGCGAUUGGGAUUUAUUUUAGCCUCGUGGGGAUGUUCACCAGACUGGAUUCGGGACCAACAAGUGAUUCGGUAGCGAAGUAAAAGAUAAAAUUUUGUAAAAUUCCACUGAUUUGUAAACCGAACAUUCCUGGUUGCAUUCACUGCAGAGUUGUCUGUUAGCCGUCGAAGAGAACCAAGUUUGGGCUGGUUCCUUGGAUACAACGAUUUAUGUGAUCAAUACACAAACUGGGAAAGGUAAGGAACAAUUACACAUUCUCAGCAGAUAAGAGAAUUGGUGACGUUUGUGUUAUUUUGGCUGCUAACCUUCCGCCUGCCAAAAGAGUUACUCUCGUAGCUGUGUACGGUCUUCCUUCUUUUAUUUCCUUUAAUGAAGACUUAAACUGAAAGUUCCUUUAUAUUUCGCAUAUGUAACAAAACCCGUGUCAAGUGGAACCCAUUUUUGUUCUUUUACGCCCUUGCUGUCCAUGUUUGCUGUCCAUUCCGUUUUCUGACGUUUCGAGCGUUAGCCCUUCGUCAGAACGAAGGGCUAACGCUCGAAACGUCAGCUUUUUUACCCUUUACGGUGGCUAGUUUACGUUUUCAACUCAGUUGUUAACACUAAGGCCUGUUCCAAACGUCGUGCUACUGCCGUGCCGAACUCAAAUGAAAUAGUAAUUUCGAUUUAAGCACGGCAGUAGCACGCCGUUUGAAACCAUUAAGCGCGGCACGGCUGAAUUAGGUUCGGCACGACUACUUAGCGCGGCAGGCUUUGCCGUGCCGCACGGCAGUAGCACGACUUGGUUUCAAACGUUGUGCUACUGUCGCGCCGAACUCAAUUCAUAAAUUAAUUUAACGGAUUUUGCAUUAUUUGCAUACUAUUACGCAUGCGCACUAAUAAAAAAAGACAAAUCUACCCGUUUUGCCCGAAAGCUUGAGAGAAGAGGAAUCCGACGGUGACAAUAAAUUGCUUAGGGUUAGGGUUAGGGUUUGGAAACGCCGGCACGAUCGUAAUACAGUAACUUGCUGGCUCUCGUCAAGGGAAACCAGAAGAAGAAUAAAUGAAAAAACUUUCAAAAGUAAUCCUCUCCUUGCAAUAACAGUAUUCAAUAUGGACUGUUGCAUUCGCCUGCGUUGCCUUCUGGCAUUUAAAAUUUUCUUAAACAAAUUUGGAUGGGGCGAUACCGCUGGAUGGAUGGUUUGUUUUGUCUUUUGAAUUUGGCGCGACUGCAUUAGGUUCGACGUUUGAAACCGCUGCCGUGCUAUCGUCGUGCCACUGCCGAGCCAAAUUCAUUUGAGUUCGGCACGGCAGUAGCACGACGUUUGGAACAGGCCUAAAUUACCUGCUAUACUCUCCCACCGACGCAGCACCACAGUUUCUUUAGAAACUUACCCCUUUAUUCAUUCCUUUUUCUAGCUUCUAUGCGUAUCGUUGUGUAAUAAUUAAGGCUUGUUUUUUCUCUGGUAGCACCUUCUUCGCAGAUGUGUUUGGCUUGUAUCUGUCAUUUUCUGGGGGCUGUUGUGCUGAUAUGAUAUGAAGUUUAUGUAAAGUUAAAUCACAUGUGGCAGUUUUUAACAAGUGGUCUUGAAGAUAUAUUAAAGUUCACACGGCAACCAGGUGGACAAUCAUACAUGGUUUGAUGUUACUCUGGUAUACAGAUUUAAUGAAUGUAACCGAAGGAGUGUCGGAACGCUGGGUCUCUGAAUAUUAACUUCUUCGGUUACAUUCAUUAAGUCUGUUAACCAGAGUAGCAUCAAACCAUGUCUGGUCUUGAAGAUGUUAGCUGAAUGUGUGUUCAUUGUGUAUCUCCAAUGUCUUCGGCAAAAAUGUUAUACAAAAUGUUCUGCCUUUUGCAGCUGAUCAACAGCUUUUAGGACACCAUGACUUACUAUCACACAUGAUCAAAACUGAAGAUAGUCAAGGGUAGGUUUAUUUUCGCUUCAUGCCUCCGAAACCGUGGUAGGGUCAGGCCGGAUAAACCACCCAGCUUGACUGCUGACCAUUCUUUUAUCCCCUAAUAUAGCAGGGUUCAAGUUCACCGACCUUCGGUGGUUUGGAGUUUCUUUUGCAAACAUCAUCAAUUCCAUGUCAAGCUUAACACGUUUGAAUGAAUUAGUGCAGAGUUUAUCUUCCUCUGAUGAUAUGUCUGAUUUACACAGGCAGACCACCGUGUGGAGUGCAAGUCUGGAUGGACAGAUCGUAGGCUGGGAUCCUGUGACCCUCACUGCUAAGAAAGAGGUAAAAAAAGUUUUUCUGAGGACAAUAAAAUGCAUAGAAUUGGCAUCAAAUGUACUAAGGUCACGAAUUGCGGGGGGAGAUUGGGUUAGUUCUCGUACUUGGAGUUACAGAGAUGCUGUAAAAAAUCCAUUUAUGAAAAAAGAGACUAAACUCCGCAGAAAAUAUGUAUUAAACUUGUUAAAUGAACCACAACAUAUGGCUAAAAUAAAAACUCCGAAACUUCUCUAAAUUCCAAAAAAAGGGGUAACAAAUUUACGCGAACGAAAGCUCAAAACAACUGACUAAAACUCCGCGGAAACAAAACUAAAAGUACACGAAAAAUGUCCACGUAAGUUUUCCAAUGUCAAGGUUAAAGUUUUUUGACACGAUUGGCUAAUUUGUGAAAUCACGCGCGGCGCGCGUGAAUUCAAAAAGAAUACGAAGGGGGGAGAGGAAGAGAAAAAUUGUAACUUGAAAUUUAGAAAAACCAAAGAGAUUUUCUACAGAUGUUUCGAUUCUUUAGGGAUAGCUUUUACAUUUUACAGCCCACUGUCUCUGUAGAUGUGCGAUAUUUCACGCGUAUGCAAACAUUUGCUGUGGGCAUGUGGAAGCGCUGGCGAUAUCCAUGGAUGGAUCAUAAACCCUUCUAAACAAAAGUUGUCUUUUUUAGCUUCAUGUAAAGCUGGAUCAAAGAAAUGGCAAAACGCUGUACUUGAUCGCUGCUGUUGGAGACACAUUCUGGUGUGGUAAGUGACGGUAUUAUUGCUGUGAGUGGCUUUCAAACUGUUAAUCAAGGUCAAGCUGUUUGAAACAUGAUAGGGGUGACUAGAUUUCACUGCCCUGCAGUUCCAGCCUGAACAGCGAAACAUUUUUUUGUAUUCAGCUUAGCCCUAACUGGUAUAACUGGGGUUUCCAAUAACCUCGCCGGGGGUGUAAUGGCUUUGACAUGUAAUUAAGUCUCAAAAUAUGAUUUUAAAUGCCGCUACUUUUUCUGUUUUAUCUGUUACCAGGGAUGAGUACACGUAGUUUGAUUUUAUGGCCACAGUUUUCCUGUCGUAGUCGUCUCGGGGCUCGAGUGUUGAAGACUCUCACUCUCGGUUUAAAAUCAGCUUGGUUUAUCAUGGAAGUACUGGUCAGAGCUUUUGUGCCCCUUGAGAAAUUGCUAAAACUAAAACUUUUCGAACUUGUGCUGCCAAGGAAAACGAAAGAUGAUUCAAGGCAGUAAAUGUUUGAAAGUCCAAGUCAUCGGGAAAUUCGAUUAAACCAGUUUGGAUUUAGCAAAUUCUUACUUCAGGAGCAACGGCACUCUUAAUGGCAAAUUACAUUGAAAUUUUGAUUUCUGUAGCUGCAUAUCUGUGUAGGUCUAGAAGCGUUGAAUUACAUGUUUACCAGCACCUCCUUUUUGCUUAUUUUCAUAGCAACCAGGUUUAAUAUUUUCGUGAUAAAUUACAAGAGAGACGACAAUGAAACCAAAAUGUUAACUCCUAAGGAAGGCGAACUGAUGAGCGUGGACACCAUGUGUGCAGUAUCUAACGAGAAGGUGAGUGUUCCUAAAGGGCCCCUUAACCUUUGAACCCCUAGGAGUGAUUACCAUCUAGUUUCUCCUUAGAGUAUCAUCCUCGAAUUAAACAUUAAGGUCAUGAGAAUAAAGGAAAUGAUCUCAAACUCAAGAAGCUCUUGGCUGUUAAACAAGUUCUCCUUCAAUACGAAUUCCAAAUUAAUUACAUUGAACAAGUUAACUCAAUCAAUUUGAGGACAGUUUAAAACAGAAUCUUGACAGCAUAUUAGGAAAUAUAUAGAAAACAGUAUGGAGAACUUUCACACUGAUACUGGGUCGUAAGGGGUAAGUGAAAACUCUGCCUUGGCAGCCAUGUACAUUUUAUCUCUGCACUUCAUGGUUGACAACUUGGCAGGUUUGUCUUGGUGUGGGUUCAGUGUUUCCAGGAUGGCUUGAACGACGCUACUUCGUUUCGGUUCCUUUUUUUCCCUUAGUGAGUGAGGAAUUUAUUAGUUCAGUUGCUGGUGCUCAACCUUUGUUACAUUUUUAUUUUUGUUUUCAUUUCUGUGUCAGUCGUCUGCUCGUGACUUCUCAAUUUAAGCCGCAUAAUGUUUAAUCUUAACUGUCUUAUGGUUGUUAUGAUAUAAACGUUUCUGUUUCUUUUUCUUCGCAGUUUCUCUCUUUCUUUUUUUUUUUUUUCACUUAUUAAUUCAGUCAUUUACUUUUUACUUCUUUUUCUUAUUUAGAUUUGGACAGGGUGUGAUAAAAAGGGCCUUGUCGUUGUCUGGAACACUGUGACCUAUAAAAAUAAACACCAAAUAGUUUGCGAAUGCAACGGGUUCACAUGCAUGCUGAAAGUGGAUAAUAACACGGUAAAAAGGCUGGUUUUUAGUGUGACUCUAUAGGUUAGGCAACAUGCAAUAAAUGAUUGGCAGAUUUAUUAAAACAUGUAAGAGCAAGCGUCAAGAAAUUUUGUUUGCAUGUAGAGGAAAUGUCUGCUUCCUUACAAGUAAGGAAUGUUAGUAUUUUGGAUAUGAUUUGUUUCUAUUCAGUCCUUUGGGGAGCACCUUAAAGGUCAAUUUCAAAACAAUUUUGAUAUAAUGAAUGUUUUAGAAUUCAUCUUUUUGAAAAAUCACUGAAGGUAACACUGCCUUUAUUGUAACAAGAGUGCGCUAUAGAGAUAACCGUUCUGCAUGAUUGAGCAGACAAGUGUAUCUUGACGUUUCUUAUUUCUCAAACCGGAUUACAAAAACCGUCGGUGGUAUUUUUCGGAAGAAUUUAACAAAUCCAUGAUAUCGAUCGACUAUUUUUUGUAGGAGAACAAAAUUUUUAAUUCAAUUCAAUUCUUACCUUUCCAAUUCUUGUUAUCUAGAUCUGGGCGGGAAGUAAAAGUGGUAAAAUCUAUGUGAUAAGUGUCAAGGAACUCCAAGUUACUAUGGUAUGUUCGAUAUUUACUGGUGUUAGUUGAUUUACUACUUUAAAAUUUGAAGUUUUUUCUCCCAGGAGUGACCAAUAUCUGACUUUUCCUCAAAUGACUUAAGAUUGUCUGAAAGCUGGCAGGUGUUUUAUGGAAUGCCGUGAUGGGAAAUCAGAGCUAAAGAAACAUCUCAAAUCUUUCUCUUUUUAUAUUAGAGAUCGAGUUGAAGUGUGGGUUGUCCGGGAUUGUAAUCGCACCGGUUUUUUUUUUUACCCUUGGGAAAUGUGUCCCUUGCUAGCGAACGUUUAUAGGGAAAAAAGAUCAAAUAGAGAGGAAGAAGAAUAACUGAUCUGAUAAAGAGGGAGGGGAUGGAGAAGUAUUAAUCUGAUAGAGAGGGAAGGGGAGGGGAGGCAGGAAAUUAGAAACGGGUUCUCCUCAAAAUACUGCCAUGCUCUGAUAGUAUUCUUCAGUGUUGUUGUUGUUGUUGUUGUUGUUGUUUCUGCUUUGUUUUGUUUUUUUUGUUUUGUUUUGUUUUGUUUUUGUUUUUGUUUUUCAACAAUAAACAGUUAAACCUGAGAGCACUGGUCGAUCACGCAUUGCGAUCGUAUAGGUGGAGGCAGUUUCUAAAGGGAGUGUAAUCGUUGACUAUAAUGAAAAAAAAACUGCGGUGCUGCGUUGGUGGGGGAGAAUAACAUGAUAAUUUUGGUUUUAUCAACGGGGCUGAGUUUUGAUAGCCUGCAGUACAGCCGUCUUAUUAGGGCGAGUAAACGUUAUAAGCUCGCGAUCGUUUAUCCGACCGGCCAUGUUUGGCCGUCGUCCGCCCCCCUUGGCACAAAUUUCUUUCUCUCCCUAGCCUUCCCCUUCCAUUAAAAUCAAAGAUUGCGGCCAUAAUUUUUGUUAAGAAAUACUGAGCACUCGCUCGCCAAAAUUACGCCUGCUCUGCAGGCUAACGUUUCGAGCGUCAGCCCUUCGUCAGAGCGAACGACAAAGGGCUAACGCUCGAAACGCCAGCUUUGACACUGUUUAUGGUGGGCUAUUCACAUUAUCAACUCAGUUGAUAAAACCAAAAUUAUUUUAAUUUUUCAAAGGCUUGCCAGAUUGCAGGAGCCCGUAGGGCGAGUGCAUUUUGUUACCUUUUAAAAAUUUGGGAAUGUUGAUUUAUCCUAAUUACUCGAAAGAAAAAUAUGAUUACUUUUUAAUACGAUACAUGCAAAAAUUUGACUCAGUUUUCCUCUUAGCCGUGUUCAUGAUUCACUGGUGCGACUGCUUACCUUUGUGUUGUUGCCGGAGUCGUCGGGAUUUUCCGGCAAGAAUAUGCUUCGAGCUUAUCAACUUUCUGUCAGGACUAAUGGCGUGUUUGCACUCUUUCCUAGUUAUAAUUCGCUUAACAGCAGUAACCAGUACGUGAAGGCCUUCACGCUCGUGAUUUAAUUCCGUCUUUCGUAUGAACUGUUGCGUAAACUACGAGAGAAUUUUGAUCUGGGCUUCCUGUUUUGGAAGCCCAAGACUUUACUGAAGAUUUUACUGAAGAUUUUAGCUACUCAUUUACUUUCUCCCAACCUGCGCGGCGUUUCGUUUUGUUGUUCUCUCUCCUGUCGACUCUCCUGUCAAUCAAUUUGAUAGGCAAUUGACAGCAAUUUGACACGCAACUCUCCUGUCAAUCAAUUUAAUUUCAACUUUCUGUACUCAAUUGUAUAUUUUUGCACAGUACAGGAUAAAUUGACGUGCUCUCAACCAAUGAGCAUGCUGCGAUUUUUGCAUGCAUAUUAUUGUGGUAGAAAUUAUACAGAUUUAUUAUCGAUUUCAUUUCCCUUUAUUUCAGGAGUUGUCUCUUCACCAGGACCGUGUCCGUUCUAUGUGCCUCACGGACGAGGGACUCGUUAUUUCGGGUUCCGGAUCACGGGACGGGCGCAUUGCAGUGUGGAAAUCUCAUCUAUCUGAAGAGCGCCCUGCCAUACAGCGCUUUAGUCACGAGCGUCCAAGACGUCCCAAUCAGAUACGUAGAGAAGUAACCGUUUGUGAUGAAGAAGAUGGCUUCGAACUUGUUUGCAGGAAAUAGACAGAGAACGUCGACGUGGAUUGCAACAAAACCCGCGCCAAACUGUCACGUCCGACAUACCAAGGGAAAAAGGAAAAAAGCACUCAAUGAAAUCUUGCUGUCAGAAUUGACAAAGCUUUACAAAUGAAUAAAGCCAUGUAAUUCUUUUUAAUUUGUAACAAUGGACUUAAUAACAAUUUUAGCAUUUUGGUAGGUUUAUAACAAUACUUUAUCUCCAUGUGAAUAUUUUCAUUCCCGUGCCGAGUAUGCAUCGACCUCCUAAAGAAUGUUUUUGUUACGAACUGUAGUCUGAACCUAUUCUUAAAGCAUGUUUCUGUAUUGGUUAUUACUUCAAAAAGUACACUAGAAUUAGAAGAACUUACAACUUGCCACAUUUAGCUCACCUCAAAGGCUGUUUUAGUUGGGUUCCAUCGAUAUGUUUUUUUUCUUUUUUCUUUACAAAGGAGGGAAUUAUUUAAUAUUUCCUAGAGAUACAAGUAUUUGUUCCGGUUUGUAAAUUUUUGUGGAAAAUUCUACUUUUUAAGCCAGUCAGGAAUGUAUGGUACAACUGAUGUAAAAGUUAACAUCUUUCUUUCCCUCUCUCUUCCUCUUCUUCCUCUUAUUUGUUAUUUUUUGUGACAGAGCACUAUCUUUCGUACUUGAUAAC